AUGGACCCACGUACCAGUGCCCAGGAUGUGAUUAGAUGUGACCUGUGUAAGACUGUUGUGGUACAGAUGCACUGUGAUGCAUGCCUUGUCAACCUGUGUAUGGCUUGUGUAGGGAUUCAUAUCUCAACAGAUGAAUCAAAAGACCACAAAGUUGUUAAAUUUCAAGCCAGGAAAUCAAUUCUCCUUUAUCCUACAUGUAGGACUCAUGACAAAGAACGAUGUGAAAUGUACUGUAAAAAAUGUGACAUUCCUAUCUGCAUCAGCUGCCUUGGAUCUAAUCAACAUUUAGGUCAUAGAUUAAUCAAAGUUUUGCAAGUUGUGGGUGAAAAAAAAGACAAGAUUGCAAUAGAAAGAAAAGAAUUUAAAGAUACAAUAUAUCCGACCUUCCAGGAAAUUGCCUCUGAUGUACAAAACAGAAUGAGUCAGUUAGAAAUGGAAUAUGGAGAUCUCUCAACAGCUAUAACAAAACAUGGAGAGGACUGGCACAGAGAAAUUGAUAAACUUGUCAAGAAACUUAAAGAUGAAAUUGAUGAAACGAAAAACACACAGUUACAAACUCUACAGAAGCAGCUGGAUGAAAUAAACAAGAAAAUGUCUGACAUCAAGGAUGAAAUCAUUUCAUUUGAAAUGGCUUUAGACACUAAUGACUUGUCAAAACUGUUUAGUGUCAGAUCCAAUAUGAAAAUAUACAAAACUCUUCCACAAACAAUUCUGACAUAUGUCCCAACAUUCUUACCCCAAGAACUCCCAGGAGAACUUAGUAAACUAUUUGGAUCGUUAUCAGCAAGUUCUUUAACAUAUGAACAUGGCUACAACAUAAAGAAACCACAGAAAUCACUAGAAGCUAGAUCCUCUCCUCCAGUCAAACAGCUGCUUGAUAAACCAGAGACUGUCACCACCAUAGACACUGGAUUUGAAUACCUUUACAAUGUGGCCUGUCUGAGUGAUGAAGAAAUCUGGACAAAGGGAGAUAAUGCCACCAUGAAACUCUUCACCAUUAGUCAGGGAUCACUGCUCUCACCCAAGAAACUCUUUAAUUUUAAUAUCAUUCGGGGAUCACGACUUAAAUCAAUCACAACGAAAUCCGGGUACAAACCAACAGACAUAGCAGUUACGAAAAGUGGAGAUCUAGUUUAUACGGAUUACAUUGAUAGAACUGUAAGCAUUGUAAAGAAAGAGAAGAUAGAGGAGGUGAUCAAACUACAGAACUGGAGACCUUACAGUGUCUGUAGUACCUACUCAACUGAGCUUCUUGUUCUCGUAGACAGUGAUGAUGACAAAGAAACAAAAGUUGUCCGUUACUCUGGCUCCACAGAGAAACAGACCAUUCAGUUCGAUGAUAAAGGUAAACCUCUUUAUUCAUCUGGUGGUUAUUACAGAUACAUUACUGAGAACAGGAACUUGGAUGUCUGUGUGUCUGACAGUGUCGCCAGAGCAGUAUUGGUGGUCAAUCAGGCCGGGAAACUGAGAUUCAGGUAUACUGGACAUCCUCUUAUUCCAAAGAACAAACCAUUCAGUCCACGAGGAAUCACCACAGACAGUCAGAGUAACCUCCUUAUAGCUGAUUAUAACAAUAACUGUGUCCAUGUCAUAGACGAGGAUGGACAGUUCCUCUUUUACAUAGACUGUGAACUGAAUGGACCCUGGGGAUUAUGCACAGAUACGAAUGACAAUCUGUUUGUUGCCCAGUUCACUUGUUGCGGAUUUCAAACUCUAUCAAGGAAAAGACGUCUAAGAUAUAUAAAUAUAUCAGAUAGCAAAAUAUCUGAGGAGAUAACGAUAAAUUCACCAGGAUAUCCAUGGGCAAACUACGAGAGUGAUACAACAUACAUAUGGAUAGUUACAGCACCUGACCUAGCAGAGGAGAUAGAUAUCAGGAUAGAACUAGAUAUUCACUAUACUCCAGGAUUCGACUGUACAGAUUACUUAGAGGUUCAGUAUUGA